UUAUGUGUGUAUCAAUAGACCCAAAAUCGAACAAUUAUACUACACUGACUUCGAAAGAGAUACUAAUAUUAAAGUGAAAAUCAAUUUCAAAAGAGUUACGUUUGACCGAGUUUUAAGGCUUCUUCAGCUGAUACGAAGUCGUACGAUACUCUCUUAAUCGUUACCUAUAUAUACAUUAUACAAGUUAUCAAAAAAAAAAAAUUAAAAUAUAAGAAGUAAACUAGGAUAAAUGAUAAUACAUUUUUAUUAACAAAGUGCCGUGUUAUUUACUAAUUUCAUUAUUUUGUUCACGUGAUUUGUAUAAUACUUAAAAAUAAAAACGUGAAAAAUUGAAAAGUACCCAGGUGGUUGUCGCACUCAAAGUAAUCAGAAUUGCGUUAGAUUUAAUAGCCGAGCCCGCGUAAGUACAAAUUCUUUGCAAUAAACAUAAUUGCUUCGAUAACAUCAUUAUUUUAGCGUUCUAACGGACAGUCAAUGAUGUUGUACCUAUAAAAUUCAAUUGAAAAAUUAUUUUAAAAAAAUUGUUUCAAAUUUAUAACUGUAAUUUUUUUUCUAAAUACAUUACCUACAACUACGAAAGGUAUAACCUAUAAUGUAAUAACUAUUUGAAACUAAACAUGUCUAUAAAGUUUGAGUGGUUUCGGGAUCAGAUUCAGAUUGCAAUAAUUGCUUCUUUUAAUUGCUAAAAUAUUAAAUAUUCAUGCAAUUGAUUUGUUAAUCAUUUUCAUCAUUUUAACCUAAUAAUCGCGAAUACGUAAAUAAGUAAAACUGUACUGGAAUGUUCAAAAACAAAUUCAAUAAUUAUUAUUCUUUAUUUAUAAUAUUCUCCGCGGCUCGGCGGAGAAAAAAUACAACUUCGUCGGGGGUGUGUGUUCGGAUUAUCACGCUAUACGCUUUUAGUAUAUUCGCCAACGUUGAGCAAAGCGCAUUCACCUUUACUCUCUUCCCGUUUUUUGAUGAUAAUAUGUCGGAACUUAAACACAAAUAUGUAAAUAAAUUAUUUUUAAAUUAAGCCGUUUAUUCAGUAAGAGAAAAUAAGAACAUCUUUCCUUAUGAUAUCAGUGCAGUGAUCAUAGAAGACAGACUGAACAAAGUUCACCUCUCUUGACUGACACAACAGCAUCUUCAGCAUUCAAUAUAUUCCUUAAAAUUUGCAAAAUUCAAAGUGUACUCCAUAUAUCUGUACUGGACAAUACUAUACAACGUCAACAACGCAAUCGUCGAAUUCUAAAAAAGUAUUCUAUAUUAGAAUAAAGAAAAUUCUGGUGGUGAUUUAUCAUGGUGGAAAAACUUCACGAGUACCAAGGCCCGAUUGGUAUUUUACAUACCUGGAGGGAUUCGUUAAGAGAUAAAUGGGAAGGAUGGAAAGAAAAACGUCCUCGAACACUUUUAGAGCUCUUACAGUCAUUAGGUUUGGCUGAACGUCCAGAAAACCAAAAAGAGGACGAAUGUCCCCCUGAAGUUAAUGUGGAACAGUAUUCUCACAUAUUUAGAAAAAAGACUAGAAGUGAACUCGUACGCAUAUCCGCUGCUGUGAUGGGAAUUGAAUUUUCGUAUGCAGCAGAAACAGCAUUCGUAUCUCCAACACUUUUGAACAUUGGAGUCGACCAUCAACAUAUGAGUCUUGUAUGGGCUGUAUCUCCUUGCAUUGGAUUUUUCGUCACGCCCAUAUUAGGAUCUUUAAGUGACAGGUGUAAACUUCCGUUGGGACGACGCAGACCAUUUCUCAUAAUGCUAGCUUGUGGGGUAUUUUUAGGUCUAAUAUUGGUGCCAAAUGGAAAAUUAUUGGGACAUUGGGUGGAAGGUGAUUUAGCACCAGGAAACAAUUUCUGGGCAAUAUUUUUUACAGUACUAGGUACGGUACUGUUAGAUUUCGAUGCAGACGCUUGUCAAAGCCCAGCAAGAGCUUAUCUUUUAGACAUUUGCGUACCAGAGGAUCACGCCAAAGGUCUAAGUACGUUUACGAUAAUGGCCGGUCUGGGAGGAUGUAUCGGUUAUCUUUUAGGUGGAAUUGAUUGGGACUCGUUGAAAUUUGGAGAAUUGAUGGGCGGCCACGUAAGAGCAGUGUUCACAUUAGUCACUUUUCUUUUUAUUGGUUGCGUCACUUAUACUAUAAGCAGUUUCAAAGAGAUGCCAUUAAAAUUAUUACAGUCAAAUCAAACAAGAAUAUUGAUCACUGCAGCUGAUGAAGAUAUUGAUGUAGAAAAUAAACUCACUGAAUACGCACCAAAGUCGUACGGUACUUUAAAAGAUGAUGUGAAUGAAAAUGAAAUCGAAAAUAACGAACCACGUCUUAUACCAGAGCAUGCAACGUUUGGCCACUACCUGAAGACUAUAGUCGUUAUGCCCAAAUCUAUUAAGUUAUUGUGUCUGACAAAUUUGUUCUGUUGGAUGGCCCAUGUUUGCUAUUCGUUAUACUUCACGGAUUAUGUGGGUGAAGCUGUAUUCGGAGGCGAUCCCACGGCUUUAAUGGGAACCGAAAAGAAAAUACUCUACGAACAAGGCGUGCGAUUUGGAUCGGUCGGUAUGGCGAUGUACUCGUUGUCGUGUGCGUGUUAUUCGAGCGUAAUCGAAAGACUCAUAAAACGAUUUGGGGCCAAACGAGUGUACGUCGGAGGUCUGCUGUUUUAUUCUACCGGUAUGUUUCUAAUGGCCAUCACACGACACAAGUUCAGCGUGAUAUUCUUCUCCUGGGCGGCCGGUGUAAUGUACUCUACGAUGUUCACGAUGCCGUACUUGCUUAUCGCCCAUUAUCACUCAACCAACACGUUUGCCGACAAUGUCCGUGGUCAAGAACCAGAUGAUCAAAUCAGAGGUUUGGGCACGGAUGUAGCCGUGGUCAGUUCCAUGGUAUUCGUGGCUCAGUUCAUUCUGUCUAUGUGCAUGGGGACAAUUGUCAGCAUAUCCGGGACGACUUCGGCCGUCGUUUACACUGCAUCGUUUUUAGCGUUUUGUGCUUCGAUAGUCGCUUCACAAAUCGUGUAUUUAGACCUAUAAAACCAAGAACAUCAGAAUCCCACGAACAUAUGUUAACAUUCCAUUCUUUCAACAUUACAUUCCAUUUUUUCACUUGUUACAUAUUUUAAUGCUUCAUUAACAUAUAACCAAAUAAUAAUAUUAUCAACAAAAUAAUCAUUUUUAUUCAAUUUAAUAUGUACCACUAUGAAUUUUAAUUUAUAUAAUUACUUUAAUAGUAAAUCAAAAAUCCAUAUCUAAAUGAAAUAUCACAUAGGCACCUAACUAUUGUUGUUUAUUAAUAAUUAUUUUACUUUACGAAAUUAAUUUCUCUAAAUGUACCUAUAACCCGUAAAAUACUACAAUACCUACUACCUACAUAUAUUGCUAAAAUAUUAAACUUGAAGACGAUUAAUUACAUAUUAUUAUG